CAUUUGCCUCAAAUUCAGCAGAGAGGAAGAAGACCCCCACCUCCAUAACUUCUAGCAAGUCCUAUCUCUCUUUCUCUUUUGCUAGCUUUGGGAGAGAGAGAGAGGGAGAGGGAGAGAGAGAACAGAAUUAAAGGCGAGAGCUUGGAAAUGUCUGGAGUGUGUGAAGAGACCACUGUUGAUUGGAGAGGGAGACCCUCCAACCCUACCAAACAUGGUGGGAUGAAAGCUGCUACUUUUGUUCUUGGGAUACAAUCGUUUGAGAUAAUGGCCAUAGCUGCUGUUGGGAACAACCUCAUAACAUAUCUGAUCAAUGAGAUGCACUUCUCUUUGUCCAAGUCUGCAAACACUGUGACAAACUUUGUGGGAACUGUCUUUCUCCUCGCGCUCCUUGGCGGCUACCUUUCAGACUCUUAUCUUGGGAGUUUCUGGACCAUGCUCAUCUUUGGUUUUGUCGAACUCUCUGGUUUCAUAUUACUCUCAGUUCAAGCUCAUCUUCCCCAGUUAAAGCCACCACCGUGCAACAUGCUGACUGAUGGAGAACACUGUAAAGAAGCAAAGGGCAUGAAGGCUUUGAUAUUCUUUGUAGCACUAUACUUGGUGGCAUUAGGGAGUGGAUGUGUCAAGCCCAACAUGAUUGCUCAUGGGGCUGACCAAUUCAACCAAGAUAACCCAAAGCAAUUGAAGAAGCUCUCCACCUACUUCAAUGCUGCCUAUUUUGCCUUCUCUGUGGGUGAACUUAUUGCCCUUACAAUUCUUGUGUGGGUUCAAACUCAUUCUGGGAUGGAUAUAGGCUUUGGAGUCUCGGCUGUCGCCAUGGCUAUGGGAUUAAUCAGCUUGGUUUCUGGUACUCUUUAUUAUCGGAACAAGCCCCCUCAAGGCAGCAUCCUCACUCCCAUUGCUCAAGUUUUUGUGGCUGCAUUUUCAAAAAGAAAGCAGGUUUGUCCGUCUAAUAGACAAACACUUCACGGAAGCCAAAGCAAUGCGCCAAAUAACCAUGUUACAUUGUCGUCUGACACUGGCAGUCUCCUUCACACUGAAAAGUUCAGGUUCUUGGACAAGGCUUGCCUGAAAAUCCAAGAUGGGAGGCCUCAUACGAAGGAAAGCCCAUGGAGAUUGUGCAGCGUUACCCAAGUGAAUCAAGUGAAGAUUCUGAUCUCAGUUGUUCCCAUCUUUGCAUGCACCAUUAUUUUCAACACCAUUUUAGCUCAACUCCAAACAUUCUCAGUUCAACAAGGAAGUGCAAUGGACACCCAACUCACCAAAUCCUUCCACAUCCCACCAGCUUCACUUCAAGCCAUCCCAUACAUAAUGCUCAUCUUUGUAGUCCCCCUCUACGACACUUUCUUCGUCCCCUUUGCCAGAAAAAUCACAGGCCACGAAUCCGGCAUCUCCCCUUUACAGCGGAUUGGAUUUGGCCUCUUUGUCGCAACAUUUUCAAUGGUUGCAGCUGCCAUUAUGGAGAAAAAGAGAAGGGAUUCAGAUAAAACAUUAUCCAUUUUUUGGAUCACCCCACAAUUCUUAAUCUUUGGAUUCUCCGAAAUGUUUACAGCUGUAGGCCUCAUCGAGUUCUUUUACAAACAAUCCUUGAAAGGGAUGCAAGCAUUCUUAACAGCCAUGACAUAUUGCUCAUACUCAUUUGGGUUUUUUCUGAGCUCCUUGUUGGUUUCAAUGGUGAACAAGAUCACCUCAAGCUCCUCAAAUGGCGGUUGGCUCCAUGAAAAUGAUCUGAACAAAGACAGGCUAGAUCUUUUCUAUUGGCUGCUGGCAGCCCUCAGCUUCCUCAACUUCCUCAACUAUAUCUUUUGGUCGAGGUGGUAUUCUAGCAAUUCAACCUCAUCAAGCACAUCCCACCUUGAGAUUCAUGCGGAGGACUAUAACCAUUAUAGCUUCAACAAUACCAAAAACGUUGGAGCUGAUGAUAAUAUACCUUAAUUCACAUAUAUCUACACGUUACCUAUAGCAAAAAUUAUGUAAUGGGAUAAGGGGCUCUCUCGAGGCUAAUAGUUUUUGUAUAUAUAAUUAUAAAAAGAAUGCCAUCGAUCUGGUGAGCCUUAGCUUGGAGGCAGAAAUUAAGCUAUAUGCAUGUAUCUCACUCUUUAAGUUUUCU